AUGAUAACAGCAGAGAAGCCAGAGCUCUCGGCUGGAGAGAAGGAUGUGGAAGGGAAUCAUGAGCUCCCAGUGCAGCAAAAUCAUGCUGGCGUACACGGCCAUGAACUUUCCAAUAUGAUUCCGGAGGAUGCUAUCACGGAAAAAGAGAAAAAGCACGUUCUUCGCAAAAUUGAUAUGCUACUUUUGCCACUUGCCAGUGGUUGUGUUUUACUCCAAAUGCUUGAUAAAACACUGCUCAAUUAUGCAGGUAUUAUGGACCUGCAAAAGGAUUUGGGCCUGAAAGGGAGCGAGUUUAGUUGGCUUGGAAGUAUCUUUUAUUUCGGGUAUUUGGCCGGAACUUUUGUCCAUGCUUAUUUCUUGCAGCGUGCACCGCUGAGUCCCUAUAUUUCAAUUGUUGUGAUCAUUUGGGGUGUUGUUCUCACCUGUCACGCGUCGGCUCUGAGCUUUUCCUCGUUCAUGGCAGUGCGUUUUUUCCUGGGAGUGUUUGAGGCGGCCAUCAACCCAGGCUUUAUUCUCUUGACUGGUCGCUUUUAUACACGCAAAGAGCAAGUGGUAAGAACUGCCAUUUGGUACUCGAUGAAUGGCUGGGCUAUGAUCGUGGGUGGUGCCAUGACAUAUGGCAUCCUCAUUCAUCCUGCCCCUAUUUUGAACCGUUGGCAAGAAAUGUUUGUGGGCGUGGGCGUUGUAACAAUAGCCUUUGGCAUUUUGUGUCUUUUCAUUAUGCCCUCUCUACCCGAAACGACAAGCUAUCUAAAGCCACGUGAGCGGAGCGUAGCUGUCUUUCGUAUCGCCGAAAACAUGUCCGGCACACACGAUAAGACUUUUAAGCCGUAUCAAGUGAAGGAGGCGGUAAAGGAUAUCCGGCUUUAUCUUUUCUUCUUGGCAUUUGGUACGGUAAAUGUGACCAAUGGUGGUAUCAGCAUUUUCGCUACACAAAUCAUCAACGCGUUUGGAUACGCCAAGCCCAAAGCAGCGCUUUUAGAUAUGACCAAAGGUGCCGCAGAGGUCGUGGGUGUCUUUAUCGGUACGCUCAUAUUCAUUUGGACAAAGCGAAGAGAUGUCCCUUCGGUUUUUGGAUACAUUGUUGCAAUUGUUGGUGGUGUGAUGAUGACCGUCUUGGACAAUGACCACAAGAUCUCGCGUGUGGCUGGCAUCUGCUUGCUAUAUUUCUUCCCUAUUUCAUACCCUAUGUUCUACAGCUGGAUGAAUGCCGCUGUUUCUGGAACUACCAAGCGCAUCGUGUUUAAUGCGAGUCUGCAGAUUGCUUACUGUGUGGGUAACAUUAUCGGACCGCAAUUUUACCCUUCGUCUGGGACAAGUGAUUAUACCGUGGCCACCACGGUGGAUUAUGUCAUGUUUGCUGCCUCAGCUAUCUUUGUGAUCCUCUUGACCACGGUACACUAUAUUUGGAACCGUCGCAAGGAGCACCAUCAAGAAGCAGCUAUGUCGCAACUUACCCCUGAAAUGGAACUAGAGAUGGACCUGUCCGAUCUGACCGACAAGGAACGACCGAAAUACCGUUACCCUUACUAA